CGUUUUGUCAGGCUGUUGCCUGUUCAGAGGCAAACUAAGUGCACACGUGCUUCUGCGUUUCCCUAUCUCUCAGUCUGUAAGAGGAAAUGGCUUGUUUUCAUGUGAUUAGCAGGCAGAGGAACUUGUGAAAGUGACACAGCUGUACUGUAAAAAGGCCAGCCCACAGACUUUGCUGCCAGAAGAAUUUAACUGCUAGUGCUGACAGACCCAAGAGCAGGAUUGCCUGAGACAUGGAGCGAGAGCCGAUGCGCAUAAGGGAGGGCUACUUGGUUAAGAAGCCUGGAAGGUGGCUGUCCUUACAGAAGUGAGCUUAUGCUGGUGGUGAGGAGCAGCUGCGUGCUAGAGGAAGGGCUGGAGGGCAAAAGGAGCAGAAGAUACAGAUCUGACUGGUACCACUGUUUGAUGCAUCAGUGAGGCUGCUGUGAAUUCCACAACCAGAGCUUCCAGCAAGGACAACCAUGCUCCUGAUUAACCUUACCUGCUAAUUAUGUACUUUCCUCCUCUCCUUUAUGCCUGUAAAGUGAAACCAAGCAUUUGACCUCCCAAAGGAUUUACCCAUGCAGCCACAGAUCUCUUGCAGGGCAGCAUGUUUAAUACCUGGAAGCCGAUGUGGGUUGUGCUCUUAGAAGAUGGAAUUGAAUUCUACAAGCGGAAGGCUGACAACAGCCCCAAAGGGAUGGUCCCUCUAAAAGGAAGCUCUAUUAACAGCCCAUGCCAAGAUUUUGGCAAAAGAAUGUUUGUCUUCAAGCUCACCGCAGCCAAGCAGCAGGACCACUUUUUUCAAGCUGCCUACCUGGAGGAGAGGGAUGCCUGGGUACGGGAUAUCAAGAAAGCAAUUAAUUGCAUAGAUGGAGGCCAAAGGUUUGCCAGAAAAUCCACAAGAAAGUCUAUCAGACUGCCUGAAACAAUCAACCUGAGUGCUUUGUACCUCUCGAUGAAAGAUCCUGAAAAGGGAAUAAAGGAGUUGAAGCUGGAAAAAGAUAAAAAAGUGUUCAAUCACUGCUUUACAGGCAUCUCUGUGAUUGACUGGCUGGUGUCUAGCAACUCCAUCCGAAAUCGCAGAGAAGGUCUCAUGCUUGCCUCUUCGCUCUUGAGCGAAGGCUACCUACAGCCUGCAGGGGAUACAUCCAAGGCUGCUGCCGAGGGACUGUCAGACACCCCCUUCUUAGAUCUCAGCGAUGCCUACUAUUACUUUCCAGACAGUGGGUUUUUCUGCGAGGGAAAUUCUAGUGAUGAUGAUGUGGUCCUGAAAGAAGAAUUCAGAGGCAUAGUAGUCAAACAAGGAUGUUUGCUGAAACAGGGACAUCGGAGGAAGAACUGGAAAGUGAGAAAGUUUGUUUUAAGAGAAGAUCCUGCAUAUCUUCACUACUAUGAUCCUGCUGGAGGAGAAGAACCACUAGGAGCAAUUCACUUGAGAGGCUGCGUGGUGACAGCAGUGGAAGAUAUGCCAGACUCCAAGAAGUAUGAUGCUGACAACAUCCUCUUUGAAAUCAUCACAGCAAAUGAAAUCCACUAUUACUUGCAAGCAGCCUCAUCCACAGAGCGUACAGAGUGGAUCAAAGCAAUUCAGGCAGUUGCUAGGACUGGAAAAUGAAGAUGAUCUGCCAGUGAGAAGACAGACGACUGGAAUGAGUUACUCAAAACAACCAGGAGUUUUAGCAUUUCACUGAGAGAAUGCAAUAUUGUCCAGAAAGGUGUCCUAAGGCUUGUGGGUUGGGGGUGAGGGUGGGUAGUAAGUUUCAAUUGUGUAGAGGGCACUAACAAACUAACAUUUUUCCAUUUGUGUUAUGGUAAUAUUUUAUUAAAUUGUAGCAUAUAACAUGCCAUAUUAGUGUGUGCUGCUUAGAGUAAUUAGCUUAUAGUGAGAAUUUCACCAUUAACAGGGGACAGAGUCAUGCCUGACUGUAAGUGAGGAAAUCUACUAGUCACCUACCACUCAGCCUGUUUCAGUAUCUUCAGAUAUUUCAAAGUCUUCCUAAGACAAACUUCACACUUUUUUUACCAGAUCUUUUUACUGCUUGUUUGCCUGUACAAUUAAUGCCAUAGAUUUAAAGAAAGAAGUCAACUCACUUAAAAACCUGAUCCACUCCUUUAUAAUCCUUCUGUGUUAAGAAAGGGAAGAAUUUGGCCAACUAUGGAAAUGCCAUGUGGAAAGCAAGUACAGCUCAAUGACAGCAGUAUGAGGAAAAGUCUCUUGCCACACUAUUCCAAACACAAAGCAAUCUCAGUUCAACUUUAUCAACUGAUUUUGACCUUUGCUAAAUUUCUCCACAAGAAUCUGCUCUAGGACCAUUGUUCCCCUUCAUUUAGGUCUCCAAAGCAGUUGGUAGGAUGUAAUGUUUUGCUGAUCUGGCCUGUAUUUGAAUUAAGAAUCUUACAGAAGGGAAAGGAUCCAUGGGUUGGUUAAUUGAACUACUGAUGGAGGUGGUUUUGUUUAGGUU